AUGUCGACUCAGAUAACUGUUGUACCUGCCUCAACAAAGCUUGGGAGAGAGACCGUUCGCUUACUCUUGGCCUCCCCAGCCAAGCCUACUAUCCGUGGCAUCUAUCGCGAUACUUCCAAGGCCCCAGAUGAAUACAUAAGCCACCCAAACUUCAGUGCAGUCAAGGGCGAUGUUGCAUCUGAGGAGAGCCUCGAUUUCAGCAACUCAGAUGCCGUUCUCUAUGUCCCGCCCCCAACUUAUGAGAACAUCGACCAAAGCGACUGGGCCAAACAAACCGCGAAUAAUGUCAAAAGCGCCUUGCAAAAAUCAGGCGUCAAAAGACUUGUUGUUCUGUCUGGUUUGGGUUCUCACAAUGACCAUGGUAUCGGCUUUGUACGCUUGAAUUAUCACACCGACAAGAUUCUUAAGGGAUGUGUCCCUGAAGUGACUAUUAUACAGUCUACUCACUUUCAGGAAGAGUUCGAGUACAUGUUUCAAAUGCCGCUGGGAGAUCCGCCAAUAAUUUCCUCAUGGAUUGCCCCAAGGGAGUUCAAGAUCCCAAUCGUCAGUCUUAGAGACGUUGGCGAAAUCUGCGCAAAUCACCUACUUAGCAAGCUCGAAAGUCCCAGUCCGCAAGUCCUCAAGAUCUUUGGUCCUCGUCCCUACAGUUCAAGCGACCUGAGAGAUAUGUUUGAGGAAAUCACUGGCAAUAAGGUUGAGCUCGGGCUUGCGCAAGGUGAAGAUUUGAAGUCUUUCUUCAGACAGAUACUGCCCGAAUAUUGUAUUCCGGACUUCAUGGAAAUGAUAGAAUCGUCACUGCCGGGUGGAUUGAUUGCGAAGGAGUAUGAGGUCGAUGAAAACACUGUGACUGGCAAGGUUGACAUGUUGGAGGUUUUCCGUGAACUGGGUGAGAAGUAUGGAUGUUCCUACUAA